AACUAUUCUUCCACGCUGAGAGAUCAUCAUGGGUGCCCUUACAUUAACCCUUGUUAUUGUUUUCUCCAUCUUUAGAAUCUCUUUUACAGUGGACACGAUAGCUUUGAAUCAACUUCUUAGAGAUGGCGAGAUCCUCACUUCAGCUGGUGGGAGCUUUGAACUGGGCUUCUUCAGACCGGAUAAUUCGAGCAGACGGUAUUUGGGGAUGUGGUACAAGAAAGUUUCUAUUAGGACUGUUGUGUGGGUUGCCAACAGGGAAACUCCACUCACUGAUUCAUCAGGGGUUCUGAAGGUUACUGAUCAGGGGACUCUUGCCGUUCUCAAUGGUACUAAUACCAUUCUUUGGUCUUCUAAUUCUUCACGAUCUGCACGAAAUCCAACUGCCCAGAUUUUGGAGUCUGGAAAUCUUGUCAUGAAAGAUGGAAAUGACGACAACCCAGAAAAUUUCUUAUGGCAGAGCUUCGAUUAUCCAUGCAAUACUCUUCUCCCAGGGAUGAAGCUUGGAAGGAACACAGUCACUGGCCUGGACCGGUACCUGUCAGCAUGGAAGAGCGCUGAUGACCCUUCUAAAGGUGAUUUUACAUACCGGCUUGAUCCUAGUGGGUAUCCUCAGCUAAUUCUGAGGAAAGGGUCAGCUGUGACAUUUCGAUCGGGACCAUGGAAUGGUGUUCGGUUUAGCGGCUUUCCUGAGUUGGGGCCAAACCCCAUUUAUACGUAUGAGUUUGUUUUUAAUGAAAAGGAGAUGUAUUUUCGUUAUGAGCUUGUUAACAGUUCAGUUGUUUCAAGGUUGGUGUUGAAUCCUGAUGGCUCCAAGCAGCGUGUCAAUUGGAUCGAUCGAACCAAUGGUUGGAUCCUGUACUCAUCCGCCCCGGUGGAUAGCUGUGACAGUUAUGCGUUAUGUGGUGUGUAUGGAAGCUGCAACAUUAACCGUUCUCCCAAAUGUGAGUGUAUGAAAGGUUUUGUGCCAAAAUUCCAAAACGAUUGGGACAUGGCAGAUUGGUCUAAUGGAUGUGUUCGGAGUACUCCCCUGGAUUGUCAGAAUGGUGAAGGUUUUGUAAAGUUCUCUGGUGUGAAACUGCCAGACACACGGAACUCCUGGUUUAAUAGAAGCAUGGGCCUUAUGGAAUGUGCGGCGGUGUGCUUGAGUAACUGCUCUUGCACUGCUUAUACAAAUUUGGAUAUAAGAGAUGGAGGAAGUGGAUGCUUACUCUGGUUUGGUGACUUGAUUGAUAUCAAAGAGUUCAAUGAAAAUGGACAGGAGAUUUAUGUAAGGAUGGCUGCCUCAGAAUUAGGUGGUUCUCAAGAGAGUGGUAGCAACCUCAAAGGGAAGAAACGAAAGUGGAUCAUUGUUGGCUCUGUGUCAAGUGUGGUAAUUAUGCUCGUAAGCCUAUUCCUGACCUUGUAUCUUCUGAAGAAGAAAAGGCAAAGGAAAAAAGGGACAAUGGGAUACAAUUUAGAGGUUGGACACAAGGGGGAUUCAAAGUUACAAUUAUUUGACUUUGCUACAGUAUCAAAAGCCACCAAUCACUUUUCAUUUGAUAAUAAGCUUGGAGAGGGUGGUUUUGGACUUGUAUACAAGGGUAUCUUGCAAGAGGGACAAGAAAUAGCUGUGAAGAGACUGUCAAAAGAUUCUGGUCAAGGACUUGAUGAGUUAAAAAAUGAAGUAAUAUACAUCGCCAAACUUCAACACCGGAAUCUCGUGAGGCUUCUUGGAUGUUGCAUUCAUGGUGAAGAAAAGAUAUUGAUCUAUGAGUACAUGUCUAACAAAAGCCUGGAUUCCUUCAUUUUUGAUAAAACACAAAGCAUGGAACUGGAUUGGAAUAAGCGCUUCUUGAUUAUCAAUGGGAUUGCUCGAGGCCUUCUUUAUCUUCAUCAAGAUUCCAGACUCAGGAUAAUCCAUAGAGAUCUAAAAGCAGGCAAUAUUUUGCUAGAUGAGGAGAUGGCUCCAAAAAUUUCAGAUUUUGGUAUGGCUAGAAGUUUUGGAGGAAAUGAAACUGAAGCAAAUACAAAAAGAGUGGUUGGAACAUAUGGUUAUAUGUCUCCAGAAUAUGCAAUUGAUGGACUAUACUCAACAAAGUCGGAUGUUUUUAGCUUUGGUGUUCUGGUGCUAGAGAUUGUGAGUGGGAAGAGAAACAGAGGAUUUUCUCACCCAGACCACUCCCUUAACCUUCUUGGGCAUGCAUGGACACUGUACAUGGAAGGCAGGUCUAUGGAGCUGAUUGAUUCAUCAGUUGGGGACAUGCAUGAUCUAUCACAAGUGUUAUGUUCGAUCAAUGUGGGACUCUUAUGCGUACAGUGUAGUCCAGAUGAUAGACCAAGCAUGUCUUCGGUGGUUCUGAUGUUGAGUAGUGACGGUGCACUGCCUCAGCCUAAAGAGCCUGGUUUUUUCACUGGAAGGAAAGCACAGUCCUCCUCAGGCAAUCAGGGGCCAUUUUCAGGCAAUGGGGUCACCAUUACAAUGUUAGAUGGUCGAUAGAAGACAUUCAUGUUGAUGUUCAUUGUCUAAAGACCCGGUCUUCAGGUGAUUCAAUAGGCUUAUUCAAAUUUUCGUUAGAUUUAGAAUUGAAGACUUGGGAAUUUGUAUCGAGGUCAGGUACUUGUUUUAUAUAAUAAACAUCCCAAAGGGUAGUCUCAUCUACAGGAUUUGAGGUUAUCUUCUUGGUGUCAUUUUUCAGAUUAUUUUAUACUUGUCAAUCUUCAGAAGCGUGGAAAAUCAAAUUUGAGUGCACCAGACGAGGACAACUGGACGGGCAGUGUCUUGUAAUCGAUGGCCGGCCUAUUAAAAGAAUAUUGUCACUUCUUGUA